AAAGGUCAGCAGUAAUAUCAAGACAAUGUUUUGUUGUGUAACACAAUUAGACUGUAUCCAUGAUUCCCAAGAUGGCGGCUGCGUCGCUCCGGUUCAUUGACAUCGGAGUUAAUUUAACAGAUCUAAUGUUUAAAGGAAUUUAUCAUGGAAAGCAAGCUCAUGUAGAUGAUUUUACAGAGGUACUUAAGAGGGCAUCUGAUACUGGUGUGCAAAAGAUGAUGAUUACAGCAGGAAAUUUAUCUGAGAGUCACAAUGCACUGGAGCUUGCACAAACAAAGGGUAAUAAUCAGAGCUACAAUUCUGCACUUUUUAACAAAGAGCAACUUUUGUUGAUUUUUCCAGACUAUGACAGGAUCCAUUUUUGUCCAAAAGAAGUUCAGUUAAAAUAUUUUGAGAAACAGUUUCACUUAGCGGAAGAAACCAAACUACCUAUGUUUCUACAUUCAAGAAGUGCACAUCAAGAUUUCAUUGAAAUCAUCAGACGAAAUAGAGAUAGAUUUGUUGGUGGUGUGGUGAGUCCCAGUCAUCAGAUUCUUGAAUCAAUUCUAUCUUUAAAGUACGAGUUGAUUUUGCCAGAAAAACGGGCGUGGGGUCAUUUAGUUUUCUGGGAAUUUCAAUUUAUAUCUCCAAAAUCUCCGUUAAUUCGUUCUUUAUUGGAAGGCGUAGCCGUGUGGUUAUAUGCGCCUUGGUGUGAUAUCCGUCCCACACAUGCUGGCUUUAAACACGUUAAAACAAAGUUUGAGAGCAGGAAAAAGGAGAAAUGGCAGGCAGGACAGUGCGUGAAAGGUCGUAAUGAGCCUGCGAACAUUGUACAAGUGUUAGAGGUUGUGGCGGGAUGCCGAGGUGAAGAUGUUCAGUCACUCGCUGAAACUGUCUACGAGAAUACAAUGAAUUUGUUUUUUAGAUAGCAGGACCUUGGUUAUUUUCGUGGCCUGAAGAAAAUAUCAAGAUAGCAGAGAACUUAACAUUCACGUUCAAGCUUUCCUAUUUGUACUCCAGCCUUUGCAUUUGUAAGGGUACCACUACUUUCAAAAGGAGCUCCAACGGUCAAACGAUCGGACACACAGACGAAAAAAUGUAGAAACAGUUUGACAGUCAGACAGGCUGACAGAUAGACAGACGAACAGGCAGAUAAACAGACUGACAGAUAGAAAAACAGACAGACAGACCGACCGACAGGCUGUUAGACGGAUAGACAGGCAGAUAGACACACAGGCAGACGAAAGGCUUACAAAUCAAUUGUAUUUGGUCGUCAAUCAAGAGUUGUUGGGUAGAUAAAUUCAAUUAAAAAACAAUAAUAAUAACAUUAUGUACAAUAAUACAGAAUAUUGAGAGAAAAAAUAACCCAAAAUGCUGUAAACUUUUGAAUUUGAAAAAAAAUAUCUAGACAUCUUCUUUCACAAAUCACUUGGAACCUUGAAAGAAACGACUUUCGUUAAAAUUCAAUGUAUGCUUGACCAGAAAAUAUAAAAGCACUCCUGCUUGCAGGCAU